AUGCUUGAACCUAAAUUUCAACAAAAUCAAAGAUUUCUCGAAAGAAAACGAUUUUAUACAUACUCAGGAGAUGUCCGGUCAAUUCCUGACUGUUUCCAGCUCAAAGUCUUUAGGAAAUGGUCAGGAAGUAACCGGAAACUUCGUUUGAACUUCCGGCAGCAAGGAAGUCGUCUGAAAGCGAACUUAAUCGGUCGGAACCAACCGAGCCACAAUAAUCUGGGUCGUUUUGGUUCAUCAAAGAUUUCACCUGAAUUAAUUGCACGUAUCGAAUCAAUCAUCAAAAGACCAGUUCAUUAUUUCAUUCGACGAGGCAUCUUCUUCUCACACAGAGAUCUCGAGUUGAUUCUCAAUGCUUAUGAACAGAAGAAACCAUUCUUCUUAUACACUGGUCGUGGUCCAUCAUCCGAAGCCAUGCAUCUUGGUCAUUUAAUUCCAUUCAUCAUGACCAAAUGGUUACAAGAUGUGUUUGAUGUUCCAUUGGUCAUUCAGAUGACUGACGAUGAAAAGUUUCUCUGGAAAGACAUAACAAUUGAGGAUGCCAAUCGAUAUGCAUAUGAAAAUGCAAAAGAUAUCAUUGCAUGUGGUUUUGAUUCAACAAAGACGCGAAUACAUCCUAUUCCGCAAUGUUGCACAUUUGGGAAUCAGUUCCGCACACGGAAUCACUUCCUACGAUUCCGGAAUUCCGUAAACGAAAUUCAGUCGAUCCUCGGCUAUACUGGCAAGUCCUACUUAAGCAAGUAUGCAAUUCUGGAAUUCAUUGAACUUGUGUAA